AUGGCGGUCGACUUCUCGGCCGAAGAGGCAAAGACGCUCAAGCGCUGGCGAGAAAUCGACGCUUUUCAGACCCAGCUGCGUCUGUCCAAAGGAAACAAGCCGUACACCUUCUACGAUGGCCCCCCAUUCGCGACCGGCCUCCCCCACUAUGGCCAUUUACUGGCUUCCACCAUAAAAGACAUCAUUCCGAGAUACUGGUCAAUGAAGGGCUUCUACGUGGAGAGGAGGUUCGGCUGGGACACGCAUGGCCUGCCAAUUGAGUACGAGAUUGACAAGAAAUUCAAUAUCUCUGGCCCGGCAGCAGUCAAAGAGAUGGGAAUUGCCAAAUACAAUGCCGAGUGCAAGGCAAUCGUCAUGAGAUACGCGACAGAGUGGAGAGAGACGAUUGACCGACUAGGUCGGUGGAUCGAUUUCGACAACGACUACAAGACCAUGAAUCCCAGCUUCAUGGAGUCGGUGUGGUGGGCGUUUAAGCAGUUAUUCGACCAAGGCCAAGUCUACCGCAGCUACAGAGUCAUGCCCUUUUCGACAGCGCUGAGCACACCCCUCAGUCAGCAUGAAGCUCAAUCCAAUUACAAGGAUGCGCAAGACCCGGCCGUCGUGGUUGCUUUUCCGCUUGUGGAGGAUUCGGACACCAGUUUGUUGGCAUGGACAACGACACCGUGGACCCUGCCCUCGAACAUUGGCUUGGCUGUCAAUGGCGACUUCGAGUACAUCAAGUUCCUCGAUCAAGAGUCCGGCCGCCAAUUCAUCAUGCUGGAGUCAUUGUUACGGACACUUUACAAGGAUCCCAAGAAGGCCAAGUUCAAGAUCCUGCAGAAAUUAAAGGGUUCCGAUCUCAAGGGCAAGCAAUAUCUGCCACCCUUCGACUAUUUCUACGACCAGUACAAGGACCGUGCUUUCAGGGUCUUGAAUGCCUCCUAUGUUACAGCGGAUGACGGAACGGGCAUUGUUCACCAAGCACCAGCAUUUGGUGAGGAGGAUUUUCGCGUGGCUAUGGAGAAUGGUAUCAUCAGCCACGACUAUCUUCCCCCAAAUCCUGUGGACGAAACGGGAAAAUUCACCAAAGAAGUGACGGACUUUGCCGGUCAGCAUGUGAAGGAAGCAGACAAGCAUAUCAUUAAGCAUUUGAAGGGCACUGGCCGAGUGAUUCGAGAUAGCCAGAUAACCCAUCAAUAUCCGUUCUGCUGGCGAUCGGAUACACCUCUCAUAUAUCGCGCAGUAUCAGGCUGGUUCGUCAAUAUUGCCGGUAACGACAAAGUGCCGAGUAUCAUCCCAGACAUGCUUGACGGCAUUGCGAAAUCUCACUGGGUUCCCAACUUCGUCAAGGAGAAGCGGUUUGCGGACUGGAUCAAGAAUGCUCGUGAUUGGAACAUCUCGAGAAAUCGGUACUGGGGUACUCCAAUCCCGCUAUGGGCGAAUGAAGACUACUCCGAAGUCAUUGCCAUUGGAAGCAUAGAGGAGCUGAAGACACUCAGUGGUUACGAGGGCGAAAUCAAUGAUCUCCACCGUGACAAGGUUGACGACAUCACCAUCCCGAGCCAGAAAGGGAAUGGGACCUUGCGAAGGGUGGAGGAAGUAUUCGACUGCUGGUUCGAGUCGGGAUCCAUGCCCUACGCCUCAGCACAUUACCCUUUCGAGAACUCCGACCACUUCGAGAAUACAUUUCCUGGUGACUUCAUUGCCGAAGGCCUCGAUCAAACUCGCGGUUGGUUCUACACUCUUGUCGUUUUGGGUGUCCAGCUCAAGAAGAUGCUGCCCUUCAAGAACUGUGUCGUCAACGGCAUCGUGCUAGCUGAGGAUGGCAAGAAGAUGUCCAAACGCCUCAAGAACUAUCCCGAUCCUACCAAUGUCAUCGACAAGUAUGGAGCUGACGCUCUGCGACUGUACAUGAUAAAUUCACCUGUUGUACGAGCCGAACCACUAAGAUUCAAAGAGUCUGGAGUCAAGGAAAUCGUGGCUAAGGUCUUGUUACCACUAUGGAACAGCUACAAGUUCUUUGAGGGUCAAGUCGAGCUCUUGAAGAAGGUCGAGGGUAUCGACUACGUAUUUGAUCCCAAGGCGGAAACGACCAACACGAACGUCAUGGACAAAUGGAUAUUGGCCAGCACUCAGUCACUGUUGAAAUACAUCAACGAAGAGAUGGCAGCCUAUCGAUUGUAUACCGUUGUGCCGGGCUUGCUCAACUUGAUUGAUGAGACCACAAACUGGUACAUUCGUUUCAACCGAAAGAGACUGAAGGGUGAACUAGGUGUAGAUGACACACUGCAUGCGCUUAACACGCUCUUCGACGUCCUGUACACUCUUGUCCGAGGACUGGCACCUUUCACACCUUUCAUCGCGGACCUCAUCUACUCGAAACUCCUCCCGUUCAUCCCCAAAUCACUGUACGGCGAAGACAUGCGAAGUGUACACUUCCUACCAUUCCCGGAAGUCCGACAAGAACUCUUUGACCCUGUCAUCGAGAGGAGAGUCGGCCGGAUGCAGAAAGUCAUCGAAUUAGCCCGGCAGUCUCGCGAGCGAAGAACCAUUGGGCUCAAGACACCACUGAUGACUCUGGUCGUUAUCCACAAGGAUCAGCAGUAUCUUGACGACGUGCAGUCUCUGGAAGGCUACAUCACCGAGGAACUCAACGUACGCGACCUCGUCCUCUCUUCGGAUGAAGAGAAGUACAACGUCCAAUACAGUGUAACAGCAGACUGGCCUGUACUGGGCAAGAAACUGAAGAAGGACAUGCAAAAGGUCAAGAAAGCGCUCCCGGACGUGACGAGCAAUGAUUGCAAGACAUACCUCUCUGAAGGCAAGCUUCAGGUGGCGGGUAUCGAACUGGUGGAGGGCGACCUCGUGGUGAGACGCAGCCUCAAAGAGUCCGAAACCUCCAAAGACCAGGAGACCAACACGGAUAACGAUGUCCUGACGAUCCUCGACGUGGCUAUCCAUCCCGAACUUGCUCAGGAAGGUCUUGCUCGAGAAAUCAUCAACCGCGUCCAACAGCUUCGCAAGAAAGCGAACCUCAAGCCGACCGAUGACGUCAAGAUGGAAUACAAGGUGCAGGACGAUCCCGAUCAGGUUGGUCUAGAGGAAGUGUUUGAGACCCAGGCAAGUUAUAUCGAAAAAGCGCUCAGACGACCAGUCGAUAAGCAUGUCGUCACCGAGAUGGAUGGGGUGAUUGCGAACGGUGACGAGAAGGACGAUGUCAUUGUAGAAGAGGUACAGGAAGUGAACAAGGCGACAUUCUUGUUGAGGUUGUUGAAGCUUUAG